AUGGCGGAAAUUGCAGGCAUCCAUAAACAGCAAAUGAAGAGGAAACCAAGCAAUGAAGUCGUGAAAGAGAAGUGGGCGAAGCAUUACUCGUCGAAUCACCAGAUAUUGUUGGUUGGUGAAGGAGAUUUCUCGUUUUCUGUGAGUCUGGCUAUGGCUUUUGGCUCUGCUUCCAAUAUUGUAGCUUCUUCCAUCGACUCUUAUGAUUAUCUUAUCAAGAAUUACAAGAAUGCAAAAGCAAACUUGGAUAUCUUGCGUGAGUUUGGAGCCCAACUGUUGCAUGUAGUUAAUGCAGUCAAAAUGAAGAAUCAUACUGACCUUCGAAAGCAGAAGUUUGAUCGCAUUGUAUAUAAUUUCCCACAUUCUGGUGAUCGAGGGAAAGAAAGUGAUGAAGAUAUCAUUGUUACUUUCAAAUUCAUGGUUUCUUCAAAUGCCAAGAAAUCACCUCCAGAAUUUCCAUUUCAAAAACGACUGAAAAAAACACUUGAAGAAAUGAAUCCUAUUGCGGAGUAUUUGAUUGAUGCCGAUGGGUUAACUUAUUUGACUGAAUGUUUAAUUCCUGAUCUGUUUUAUUUGGAGACAUCUUCAUCGGAUGUGGUUCGAGGAGUGAGAGAGAGUUUGCGAAGUACAAAGAAGGAUUAUGCAAAAACAGAAGAUGAUUUGAAAUCCCUUCAAAGUGUUGGACAGAUAAUAGGCGAAGUCUUAAGACCUCUUGACAACGAACGAUUGAUUGUUAAAGCAAGUAGUGGCCCAAGGUAUGUGGUUGGAUGCAGGAGUAAAGUGGACAAAGAAAAACUCACUGCUGGAACUCGUGUGGUUCUUGACAUGACUACUUUGACCAUUAUGCGGGCCCUCCCUCGUGAAGUUGACCCGGUUGUUUACAACAUGCUUCAUGAAGACCCUGGGAACAUCAGCUACUCUGCAGUUGGUGGGCUUUCAGAUCAAAUUCGUGAACUUAGGGAAUCCAUAGAGUUGCCUUUAAUGAACCCUGAACUCUUCAUAAGGGUUGGAAUCAAGCCCCCCAAGGGUGUUCUUCUUUAUGGACCUCCUGGUACUGGCAAGACACUACUAGCAAGAGCAAUUGCCAGCAAUAUAGAUGCUAAUUUCUUGAAGGUUGUUUCAAGUGCGAUUAUUGAUAAGUAUAUUGGUGAGAGUGCAAGGUUGAUUAGGGAAAUGUUUAAUUAUGCUCGUGAUCACCAACCUUGUAUCAUAUUCAUGGAUGAAAUUGAUGCGAUUGGUGGACGUAGAUUCAGUGAGGGAACAAGUGCAGAUCGUGAAAUCCAAAGAACACUCAUGGAGUUGUUAAAUCAACUCGAUGGAUUCGAUCAACUUGGAAAGGUUAAAAUGAUAAUGGCGACAAACAGACCGGAUGUGUUGGACCCGGCUCUUCUCCGACCCGGUCGACUCGAUAGAAAAAUAGAGAUUCCAUUGCCCAAUGAGCAGUCAAGAAUGGAAAUUCUUAAAAUCCAUGCUGCUGGGAUUGCUAAACAUGGUGAAAUUGAUUAUGAGGCAGUUGUCAAGCUUGCUGAGGGAUUUAAUGGAGCGGAUUUGAGGAAUGUGUGUACGGAGGCAGGUAUGAGUGCGAUUCGUGCAGAGCGUGAUUAUGUCAUCCAUGAAGAUUUCAUGAAGGCUGUGCGGAAACUGAAUGAGGCCAAGAAGCUUGAAUCCAGUGCUCAUUACAAUGCUGAUUUUGGAAAAGACUAGGAACAGAUGACAACAUUACGUAGUACUUGUAGUUUCCAAAGUUUGCACUUGGAUUUACCUUAUCAUUUGCUAAUCUUCACAUUUAUUUUUUUUAAAUGCCAAUAGACUUUUAGCAUUUUAUACGUUCUGGAAAUUGAUUAUUAGGCUUAUUCUCUCCAUUGACGUUACAUAUUAAAUUAACUACUUAUAUAUAAAAUAACAUUCACUCUUUCA